AUGACAGACCCAUCAUAUGAACUCGAUCGUAUGAAUUAUGAAUACUCUCACCACUCUCAAGACUCAUGUGAUACUUUAUCAUCACAGGCGCCUCAAUACACAUAUACUAUUCCAUCAUCUCAAGAAACUCAUAUACCUAGAAUAACUCGCACUACUGUUACUCGCAAGACGCGUUUCGUUUGUAUUUCCGAUACACAUAAUGGUACCACCAAUGGAUCGUUCAAACUCCCACAAGGCGACGUCCUCAUUCAUGCAGGGGAUUUAACAAAUCAAGGAAAUUAUUCAGAAUUAGAGAAAACCAUUAAAUGGAUUGAAGAUGCCAAUUUUGAAGCCAAAAUCAUCAUUGCAGCAUCACCCACAGGCCCACAUACCACGUUCCGCAUUUUCGGUUCUCCUUUUUCCCCGGCAAAAGGAAUGUGGGCAUUCGGUUAUCCACAACCUGAAGCAUCAAAGAGAUGGAAUAAUAUUCCAUUAGAUGUUGAUAUAGUACUUACUCAUACACCACCUAAAUAUCAUUGCGAUGAAAGAAAUGAUCGUGUAGCUGCCGGUUGUGAAUAUCUCCGUCAAGCAUUAUGGAGAAUUCGUCCACGAUUAGCAAUAUGUGGUCAUGUACACGAAGGAAGAGGUGCUGAGAUAAUACAAUGGGAUCUUGAAGCAUCGAAUAUUAAAUUCAAGGAAAAUGGUGUGAUUCGUUGGGAAGAUCCGGGUAAAGAUAAUAAGAAGAUGUCUCAUAUCGAUUUAACUUCGAAAGGAAGAGUAGGAGACAAUUCUUUCAAAAAUGAUGGUUCCUUUGGCGAUUGGGAAAAUCUGACUAGUGCAUCAACUGCUAGUUCCAAUAACCUAACACUAACCGGAAAUGGUUUGCCUUUUUUAUCAGAGAACAUCGCAUCCGAUCGAGAAAAAUGGCGCAGGAAGAAUCCAAUGGCUAAAAUAGCAAUGUCAAAUGUAGCAAAAAGUCUACUCGCCAUACCGGAGGAAAUACUCUCACCAGCUCGAGGACAAGGUGGAAUACCACCAUCAUUACGUUGUGAUGUAGAAGCUCUAUCUGGACGGAUGGGAAGAAGGGAAACGUGUGUGGUUAAUGCGGCGAUGAUGGCUUCUAGUUGGCCUCAUGGCAAAGGAAGAGGAGGGAAGAAAUUCAAUAAACCUAUUGUGGUCGAUAUUGACUUGCCGGUUUGGGAAGAGGUAGGAUUGUGA